AUGGGAAACCUCACAGAAGAUUUGAUCAUCGACAUCCUCGUUCGUUUACCAGUAAAAUCAAUCAUAAAAUUUAGUUGCGUAUGCAAGGUUUGGCAUAAAUUAUUGAAUAAUAAUACUAAUCUGGAUUUUGUCAAGCUGAAACUCAAGUAUGAUAUUGAAAUUGGAAACAAUAAGCUUCUUUUAACAAAAGCAACAUCUAGACCAAUAUUAUUAUCUGAUGAGAUUGUAAAGAUUGAUCAUCCAGCCAUGGAUGCAGGGACUAGAAUUUUGAGUACUUGUAAUGGUUUGAUUUUUGCUAGCACUCCAAUAGGUUAUGAUAUAUACAUUUGGAAUCCAGUUACGAAAGAGUAUAAAAUACUACCAUAUACGAAAUCAAUAAUGUGCCGGAUGAGAUAUGUUUAUGAAAUUGGGUGUGGGUUUGGUUAUGAUUGUGGAAUUGAGGAUUACAAGGUUGUAGCAAUUGUUCAUGAUAAGAAUUCAAAUUAUUCGGAUGUGGAGGUUUAUACAUUAGGUUUAGAUACAUGGAGAAUGAGUUCAUCCAUCCCGUACAGACUUGCUAAAGGAGGACCUGCUGGGGUAUUUUUCAAUGGAGCUCUUAAUUGGUUAGCCCAAUCAUGUUCAGGUACCAAAUUACAAGUUUUACUUUCAUUUGAUAUGAAAGAUGAGAUUUUCGUUGAGAUACACCAACCUGAAAAUUUGGACAAAUUCAAUUAUAAAUUUGUGGGUGUGCUAGGAGGGUGUCUAAGCAUGCUUUGCAGUGUUGGUAAGGUUGGUUUUGAGGUAUGGGUGAUGCAGGAUUAUGGAGUCAAAGAGUCAUGGACUACAUUGUUCAAGAUUGACCAACUUAUGUCAGUUGAUAUUCCAUCUUUUCACUACUUGAGGAGGAUCGUGUCUCUGAAAAACGGUGAGAUCCUAUUAGAGAUUCGACUGGAUGGAGAACAGGAUGACACUACGUUUAUAGUGUAUGACCAGAAGCGGGAGAAAGCUAGGGUUGUAAAGAUCCUAAAGAUGGAAAAUGAAAUACUUCGGAACCACAGUCGUAUCUUCGGGAUCGUAGUAAAAAGUAGAGUCGAGGAAGUUUUGUAUUCCUUUCGUUAG